AUGAAGGCAAUAGUCUGCUUAGUCCUAGGGUUGGCGGCUCUGGCCGCGGCCCGCCCCGACGUCGACGUCGACAAAACUAUUGUGGACAUGGAUAUCAAGCAGAAGCAAUUCUUCAUCUUAAAACUACUGAAUAAUGUAAUGGGACCAGUAAUGUACAAAGAUAUAGAAGAUAUGGGCAAAAAUUUUAAGAUUGAAGACAAUAUCGUUAAUUACUCAAAAUAUGACGUAGUCAAAGGAUUUCUAGAUCACGUAAAAUUCGGAUUCUUACCUCGUGGUGAAGUCUUCACGCUACACAUUGAUCGUCAAAUGAAAGAAGUCGUCACGAUGUUCCAUAUGCUGUACUACGCUAAAGAUUUCACCACUUUCGUUAAAACAGCUUGUUGGAUGCGUAUUUACAUGAACGAAGGCAUGUUUGUUUAUGCCCUUACCGUGGCUGUAAGACAUCGCGAGGACUGUAAAGGCAUUAUACUUCCAGCUCCUUACGAGAUUUACCCAUACUACUUUGUUCGUGCUGAUGUUAUUCAAAAAGCUUACUUGCUCAAGAUGAAGAAGGGUCUCCUUGAUAAUAAGCUAUGCGAUUUCUACGGAAUUAGGAAAACCGACAAAGACAUUUAUAUUAUCGAUGAAAACGUUUAUGAUACUCGAGUUUACUUAAAUACCGAAGACAAACUUAGGUACUUUACGGAGGACAUUGAUUUGAACACUUACUACUACUACUUCCAUGUCGAUUAUCCAUUCUGGAUGAAAGAUGAUGUGAUAACCAGCAAAUUCGUCACGAGACGCUGGGAGCUAACGUUCUAUGUUUAUCAACAAAUUCUUGCUAGAUACUACUUAGAACGUCUUUCUAAUGGUCUUGGUGAAAUUGUAGACUUCUCUUGGUAUAAAACAAUUAGGAAGGGAUACUGGCCAUGGAUGAUUCUUCAUAAUGGAGUCCAAUUGCCCGUGAGGUUAAACAAUCAAGUAGUAGUAGGUAAUAAUGAUAUCGGCGUUACGACACUUGUGCAGGAUUACGAAAGAAUAAUUUCUGAAGCAGUUAUAAAGGGAUAUAUUGAGAUUAAUGGUAUCAGAUUCGAUCUUACAAAGCCUAAAGAUAUAGAAGUAGUUGGCAAACUUGUAUAUGGUACAGUUGAAAAAGUGGAUUUAACUAAACUUCAAGUGGACGCUUAUCGUUACAUGCUGGUAUUGAUGAAGGCUGUUAUUGGUCUAAAUACCUGGACUUCUGACUCAUACUUUGUUAUGCCUUCCAUCUUAGACAGUUACCAAACUGCUCUUCGUGAUCCAGUCUUCUACCAAUUACAAAAACGUAUUUGUAAGUUAAUGAUCCUGUUUAAGGAGCGCCUUCCAUCUUAUACACAUGAGGAGCUGUAUUUCCCUGGCGUUAAAAUCGAUAACGUAGUUGUUGACAAGCUUGUCACUUACUUUGAUGAUUACCUAAUGGAUAUGACUAAUGCAGUUACAUGGACCGAUGAAGAACUUAAAAAAUCUAGGAGUGAUAUGGUAUUCUUCGUACGUAAACGUCGUCUUAACCACCAACCUUUCACAAUAACCGUGGAUGUCGUAUCGGACAAGACAGCCGAUUGUAUGGUAAAAAUAUUCUUGGGCCCCAAAGAAGACAACUUUGGCCGCAUGAUUGAUCUCAAUAAGAAUCGUCUCAACUUUGUUGAACUUGAUUCCUUUAUGUACAAAGUUACUACAGGCAAGAACACCAUCGUCAGAAAUUCCGUAGACAUGCAUAAUCUUGUUCGUGAUCGUAUGAUGACUCAUAAACUAUGGAAGAAGCUCGAUACGAUCACCGAUAUGAGAGAUAUGAUGAUUAAAGAUCUCAGAAACUACCACACCGGAUUCCCAACUAGACUACUAUUACCUAAAGGUCACGUCGGUGGAAUGAAAGUAAUGCUUUACGUUAUCGUAACUCCAUUGAAACUUGUGGACAACAUUGAUCCUACCGUCUUAGACACCUACCAUAAGGAUAUGUUCGUAGACUUCAGAUCUACUGUUCUUCUUGACAAGAUGCCACUCGGUUUUCCGUUCGAUCGUCGUAUAGACCACACUAAGUUCUUUACGCCAAACAUGAAAUUCGUAGAUGUUAUAAUCUUCCACAAAACUCAAGUUUGUGAUAUGAAGACUCGCUGGAAUCGCUUUGUAUUAAAAGAUUAUGACUACUUUAACAAAACCCCAAUUGUCAACAACUACUUCACAGAUGUAGACAUUGUUACCAAAGUCGACAAAGAUAUUGUAGAUUUU